AUGCCAGCUGCAAUCGACAUGAAUGAUUCAUUAGACAUCGAUGAAUCGUUGAUCCCGGUUAGGGAUUUUAAGCCCGCCAGUCAGAGCACCAUCUCCUUUGAUGGGAUGUUAUCGAACCCUCUACUUCUCCAGGAAGAUCUAAAGGAAGGGUGUGGAGGCCAGCUAUGGCCAGCGGGGAUGGUCCUGUCGAAGUACUUGCUACGCCAACAUCAAUCUAGCUUUCUCGGUAAAACAAUAGUUGAACUUGGAGCCGGCGGCGGUCUUGUUGGCCUUGCGCUUGCACGCAGAUGUCACCCUGAGGUGCCACGAAUUUACAUUACGGAUCAAGCUCCCAUGUUGCCCCUGAUGAAGACGAAUAUCAAGCUCAACAAUCUUUCUUCUACAGUCGAAGCUACAGUACUAAACUGGGGAGACUCCCUCCCAGACAGCAUCCCAAAGCAUCCCGCAAUUAUCCUCGCCGCUGACUGUGUUUACUUUGAGCCCGCCUUCCCGCUACUAAUCUCGACCUUGAAUGAUCUUCUUGGUCCAGACUCUAUCUGUUACUUCUGCUUUAAGAGGCGUAGAAGAGCAGACCUCCGUUUCAUGAAACAUGCAAGGAAGAUGUUUGAUGUGGAAGAAAUCCGGGAUGACCCUGAUGCGGAGACAUACCGGCGCGAGAACAUUUUCCUCUACCAGAUACGGUUGAAGUCGGACAAGAGGGCUGUCUAG